ACGUCCACCGAAUAACGCGUAACUGGCGCCUAUAAAAUCUCUCCCAAAAACCUCUUUGUUCAUUGUUCCUGCCCUAACACCAGAAGAAAGAGCAAAAAAAGAAUUGCAGAGAAAUGGGUAUUCUCAAAGCUACUGCGUUGUUAGAUGAUCUGAUUGAGAAAGCAGGAGGUUGUGCUGUCGUUGAUGGCGGUUUGGCCACGCAACUCGAGAAGCAUGGCGCUUCCAUUAAUGAUCCUCUCUGGAGCGCUCUUUGCUUGAUCAAAGAUCCUGAUCUUGUCAAACGGGUACAUUUGGAAUAUCUGGAAGCUGGCGCAGAUAUACUAGUGACCUCAUCCUACCAGGCCACAAUUCCAGGAUUUUUAUCAAGGGGAUUAUCCAUUGAAGAAGCAGAAUCGUUGUUAGAGAAAAGUGUGAAGUUAGCAGUUGAAGCCCGGGAUAAGUUCUGGAAUGUUGUGAAAAGAAAUCCCACACAGAGCUAUAACAGGGCUCUGGUUGCAGCCUCAAUUGGAAGCUAUGGAGCGUAUCUUGCUGAUGGUUCAGAGUACAACGGAGAUUAUGGACCACAUGUAAGUCGGGAUAAGCUCAAGGAUUUCCAUCGACAUAGACUACAACUUCUUGUGGAUGCAGGACCAGAUAUACUGGCAUUUGAGACCAUUCCCAACAAAUUAGAAGCUCAGGCAUGUGUGGAGCUGCUUGAAGAAGAAAAUGUACAGAUUCCUUCUUGGAUAUGUUUCAGCUCAGUGGAUGGUAAGAACGCGCCAUCGGGAGAAAGCUUCAAGGACUGCCUUGAUGUAAUUAAUAGGAGUGACAAAGUUAGUGCAUUUGGAAUUAAUUGCGCACCUCCCCAUUUUAUUCAAACUCUCAUCCAGAAACUUAAGGAGUUGACAACAAAGGCAAUAAUUGUUUAUCCCAAUAGUGGUGAGAUAUGGGAUGGCAUUUCAAAAAGAUGGCUGCCAUCGAAAUGCUUUGAUGAAGAGAAGUUCGAGCUGUUUGCACCAAUAUGGCGCGACGCAGGUGCUAAACUCAUCGGUGGUUGUUGCCGGACAACACCGUCCACUAUUCAAGCUAUUUCAAAAGCCCUAAAGGAAAGAUCUGGAUUCGACUGAGCUUUCUAACUGGGCCAUCAAAGGUUCAGAAAAUGCUUAUCAAAUUGUUGUAUUUGUGUAUCUUCAUUUAUAACAUAGGAAAAACGAUAUAACUUCUUGUUAGGGGUGGGGGAAAAAGGUGUUGUUGGGGGUGAGUGGUGAUUAAGAGGUAGUAGAUGGAGCAGAUAGUAGCUAUUGAUCCAAACAGAGCAGAGAGAAGCAAUUGAUAAGGAUUUGGUUAGCCCAUCAAGUACCCCUUUGUUGUGGCAUUGGUUCGGAAUAUCCCAGUAGCCAUGCUGUGUCUGCAAAAAUUGCAUAUUUACAAAUUAUCUCUAUCUCGGUAGGCAACAUUAGCACUUAAAAACUGUUUGACAAACAGAACUUAAGGUAAUCCAUAGAUUAAACUAUACCAUUGAGCAAAAAAAGAUCUGUGGGGUACACUCAAAGUUAGAUGGUGUUGAGCUGAGCCUGAAAUGAUGUUUUGAUAAUUAACAAACCAUAUCCGAGAACCAGGUUUCAUGUUCCAACUUGGUGUGCUACUAGACUAAUAGACAGAUUGUUGACGAUUAA